AUGUAUGGAUCAACUCCUCUCAAUCCUCCAUCCUCGUUUACUUCAGCCUACGUACCUCAUCGCGUCCACCUCUUCCCUUACCACCACCUGCCAAUGUGGUCUGUGCAGUGUCGUCUUCUCACAUUCCAUCCACCUCUUGUUCUUUCACACCGUCUGAAUGACACACCAACCAAAAGUCAGAUAGACGGCGUCGCCACAUACCACUUGCGCCACCAAUUGUCUGCGACAGACAAUCGAGUGGAAAUUGACGCAGUCGUGGCUACUGUCGUUGUCACCAAAAAUGCCGCAAAUACGAUCCCGUUCUGCACACCCACAUACCGCAAGCCAGAGUGCGAUGCAGAGGCAACGAGACGAAGACUGACCGCUGACCACGUGCAUACGCGG